CGCGUCAUGCUUGCGUGAGUGGUGACGCAAUACGACACAAGAUGGAUACAUAAAUGCAGUACGUCAAUGGAGCAGUAGUUGAGAAGACAUCGGAUCGUGCUACAGCGGCUGAAAUAUAUGAUUUAGCUUUUCAUUUGUUAGAUUUUGUCCUCGUCUUUAGUUAGUAUAAAGAAGCACUGUGGACUGUUUCUUCAGCUGACGUUUAGCAGCACUGUCAAGAAGAGACGAAAGGAUGAAAUACAUUAUAGGAAUUGGCGGAGUCACUAAUGGUGGCAAAACCACCCUGACAAAAAAGUUGAUCAAGACAUUGCCCGACUGCUGUGUUGUGCACCAAGACAACUUUUUCAAGAAACCUGAUCAAAUAGAAGUCGGGGAGGACGGCUUUAGACAAUGGGAUGUGAUCACAGCUUUGGAUAUGGAGGCCAUGACCAACACAAUAAAAGCCUGGCUUGAGAACCCAGUGAAGUUUGCCCGUUCCCACGGCAUUACUCUGUCUUCUGCAUCCAGCGUGGCCAACCCAGACGAGCAGUUCCAUAUUCUGAUCGUGGAGGGCUUCCUGCUCUACAACUACCCGCCCCUGCUGGAUGUUUUUGACAAGAGCUAUUACAUCACCGUUCCCUAUGAGGAGUGCAAGAGAAGGAGAAGUUACAGACAGUACACUGUUCCCGACCCUCCUGGCCUGUUUGAUGGCCAUGUGUGGCCGAUGUACCUGAAGCACAGGAGAGAGAUGGAGAACAGUGGCUUGGAUAUUGAGUACCUGGAUGGGUUGAAGUCCAAAGAGGAGAUCUACAACCAGGUGUAUGAGGACAUUCAGAACAAUCUGAUGAAUCGUUUAUAGCAGGAAGACUCCUCUCCAUCCCUGUACAGAACUUGUAAAUAGGCCCAAGGAUUUUUUAUGAAGUUUAUUUUAUUUUUGUAAUAUAAUUUGAUUCUUUGUUUUUAAG